CGUCGCGCCAACGAGCCAUGUCCACGAAGCGCCUGAACCGGCCGACCGGCGGCGGUGGGUCCGCGUGGGCCAAGAACUCGCAGGGUGCGCGCUCCAACGUGGCCGGCCGCUCCAUGAACGACGACAAGGCCGCGAGCGUCGCGCGGCAGGAUGCCUUCGACCUUGCCCAUGGCUUUGCACCGCUCCAAGACGACGACGGGCCGCAGAUCGGCUGGCUUCUGAACGCAUGCAACACGUCGCGCACCGUCGAGAACGUCGAGCGCAGCGGCGUCGACCUCUACUUUCUCGCGCAGGACGGCAGCGCGUUCAAGGCCACGGUCAUCCAUGCGCCGUACUUUUUCGUCGGCGCCUCGCCCAAGCGCCUCGGCGAAGCGCUUGCAUUCUGCCAGCGGACGCUCGUCUCGACGCUCCUCUCGACGAGCAUUGUGCAGAUGGAGGACCUCGACAUGCCCAACCAUCUCUCGGGCACAAAGGCGCAGUACAUCAAGCUCGUCUUCCGGACGGUGUCGGACUUGGUCGAGGCCAAGCAGACGCUGCAGCCAAUUGUGACACGCAACAAGCAGCAGCUCAAGUCCCAAGAAGCGUACGCGGCGUCUGGCGAGUCGCUCAACGAUAAGGAGUCGAUCACGGACUUGCGCGAGUACGACGUGCCGUACCUCAUGCGCGUGGCCAUCGACCUCGGCAUCCGCGUCGGCGCGUGGUACACGGUCCACGUCGAGCAAGAAGUGACCAAAGUGUCUCGGAUUAUGGACAUGGUCGACAAGGCCGAGCCGGUCGUCCUCGCGUUUGAUAUCGAGUGUACCAAGGCGCCGCUCAAGUUUCCAGACGCGGCCCACGACCAGAUUUACAUGAUUUCGUACAUGGUCGAUCGCCAGGGCUAUCUCAUUGUGAACCGCGAGUUCGUGUCGCAGGACGUCGACGACUUUGAGUAUACGCCGACCGCUGAGUACGACGGGCCGUUCGAGUGCUUCAACGCGCCGAACGAAGAAGCGCUUCUCAAGCGCUUCUUCGCUCACGUGACCGAGCUCAACCCGCACAUCUUUGUCACGUACAACGGCGACUUCUUCGACUGGCCGUUCGUCGAGACGCGCGCCGAGGUGCAUGGCCUCAACAUGACGACCGCGAUUGGCAUCUCCCGCGACCGCAACGGCGAGUACCGCGGCAAGUGCGCCGUGCACAUGGACGCCUACUGCUGGGUGAAGCGCGAUUCGUAUCUGCCGCAGGGCUCGCAAGGCCUCAAGGCCGUCACCAAGUACAAGCUCGGGUACGACCCGGUCGAAGUCGACCCGGAAGAAAUGACGUCGCUGGCGAUGGACGACCCGCUCAAGAUGGCGAGCUACUCGGUGUCGGACGCUGUCGCGACCUUUUACCUGUACGACAAGUACGUGCACCUGUUUGUCUUCUCGCUCUGCACGAUCAUUCCGCUCGGGAGCGAAGACGUGCUGCGCAAGGGCAGUGGCACGCUCUGCGAAGCGCUGCUCAUGGUCGAGGCAUACGAAGGCAACAUCAUUUGCCCCAACAAACAGACGUCGACGGCGCUCGGCGCGUCGUACCAAGGCCAUGUGGUUGAGAGCGAGACGUACAUUGGAGGGCACGUCGAGUGCUUGGAGAGCGGCGUCUUCCGCGCCGACCUCGAGUACCAGUUCCACGUGACGCCGUCGGCGUUUGACAUGUUGAUCACGCACAUUGACCGCGACUUGACGUUUGCGCUCGAGGUCGAGCUCGACAUUCCGCGGCACCACGUGACCAACUACAACGACGUGCGGCGCGCGAUCGUCGAAGGCCUCGAGAUGCUGCGGGACAAGCCGUCGCGCAUGGAGAAGCCGAGCAUCUAUCACUUGGACGUCGCGGCCAUGUACCCCAACAUCAUUCUCACCAACCGCCUCCAGCCCUGCGCGAUGGUGCAGCCGACCGACUGUGCAGCGUGCGUCCACAGCACUGCGUGCAUGUCCUCCAACGACGAGCAGCUCUCGUGCCAGCGGCCGAUGGAGUGGGUCUGGCGCGGUGACUACUACCCCGCGACCAACGCUGAGUUCCAGUCGAUUCAGACGCAGCUCAGCUACGAGUCGUUCAACAAGGUGCCGUUCAAGCAGCUGCCGUACGAGAAGCAGACGGCGCUGGUCCAAGAGCGUCUCAAGCAGUAUUGCCAAACUGUGUACAAGAAGACCAAAGUCACGUCGACCGAGACGCGGUCUGCGACGGUGUGCAUGCGUGAGAACCCAUUUUACGUCAACACGGUCCGCGCGUUCCGCGACCGUCGCUACGACUACAAGAUCUUGACCAAGCAGUGGACCAAGAAGCUCAAGGAGGCCGAAGCCAAGCACGACGUCCUUGGGAAGGUCGAAGCCGCCAACAAGUGCCUCGUGUUCGACUCGCUCCAGCUGGCGCACAAGUGCAUUCUCAACUCGUUUUACGGCUACGUCAUGCGCAAGGGCGCGCGGUGGCACUCGAUGGAGAUGGCAGGCAUCGUGACCAACACGGGCAGUAACAUCAUUCAGCGCGCGCGCCAGCUCGUCGAGCAAAUCGGUCGCCCGCUCGAGCUCGACACGGAUGGUAUCUGGGCCAUUCUCCCCGCGUCGUUCCCCGACACGUUCAAGUUCAAGCUCCAAGACGGCUCGACCCGGUCGAUUACAUAUCCCUGUGUGAUGCUCAACGCCGACAUUGAAGAGCAGUACACCAACCACCAGUACGAAGAGCAGCUUGACGGCAUAUACCAAACGCGCUCCGAGUGCUCGAUCUUCUUUGAGCUCGACGGGCCGUACAAGUGCAUGGUGCUGCCGGCGUCCACGGAGGAGGGAAAGCUGCUCAAGAAGCGCUACGCCGUCUUCAACUUUAACAACAAGCUCACCGAGCUCAAAGGGUUCGAGCUCAAGCGCCGCGGCGAGCUCGAGCUCAUUAAGGCGUUCCAGAGCCAAGUCUUUAGCUCGUUCUUGGACGGCACGACGCUCGCCGAGUGUUAUGCGUCCGUGGCGCAGAUCGCCAACCGCUGGCUGGACGUGCUCGACACAAAAGGCCGCGACAUGGAAGACGACGAGGUCAUGGCGCUCCUGACCGAGAACAAGAGCAUGUCGGGCAAACUCGAAGACUACGGCAGCCAAAAAUCAACGGCCAUCACGACCGCGCGGCGCCUCGGCGAGUUCCUUGGGGCUGAAAUGGUCAAGGACAAGGGUCUCGCGUGUAAGCUCAUCAUCGUCACGCGGCCGUACGGCGAAAAGGUCACCGAGCGCGCCGUGCCGACUGCGAUCUUCUCGGCCGAGCCUGCGGUGAAAAAACACUUUUUGCGCAAGUGGAUGCGCGACCCGAGCUUGCAAGACUUUGACGUGCGCAAUUUGCUCGAUUGGGACUACUACCGCACCCGCUUUGCCGGUACGGUCCAAAAGAUCAUUUCACUGCCCGCGUGCUUUCAGAACAUUCCCAACCCCGUCCCGCGCAUCGCGCUCCCCGACUGGAUGCAGCGCCGGUUCCGUGAGCUCAACGACACCAAGCGCCAGACCAAGCUCGGGUUCAAAGUCCUUCCGCGAAACAAGAACGCGGUGCUGGACGUGGCCGACAUGGAAGACUUUGGCGCCGCACCCAAGCCCUUGCGCACGGCGCCCCGUCCCGUGGUGACAAGAAAGACCAAGCCGGUCGUCGCCGACGAAGACAACCAAGGCGACGAUGACGCGAUGGGCGUCAUCGAGCCCGAGCCCCUCGAUGAGACGGCCUCUGUGGUCGAACAGAUGCGGGCGGUGCAGCUGGGCCACGAUGCGUUUCCCGAGUGGCUGCAGGUGCGCAAGGCUGGCUGGAAAGCCAAACGACUGGCGCGCAAGACGCUGCACGACGACCCACGGGCGGCCAAGCGCGCCAAGGGCAGUGGCGUCGAAGGCUUUGUGGUCGCAUCGUCGACGAUGGCCAAGGACGACGACUUGUGGCACAUUGUCGAGCUCCAAGAAACGGAGGAGCCGGGUUUGUUUCACAUCUGGGCGUGUACGUCGUCGGGCGCCAGCAAGCUGCAGUCGUUCACACUCAAGGUGCCAAAGACCAUUUACCUCCAAGGCGACGUGGGCCACCUCGACGGCCGGUUCGUGACGCGCCUCGUGCCGCACCAAUCGUCGCCGCAGCUCGUGCUCGAGCUCGAGCUGAGCGAAACGCAGUGGAAGUCAAACCGCAAGGACGUGCUUCAGGCCAUGGACGACGCGUCGAUCCAAGCUGUGUACGAGUCCCACGUGACGGCUACGUCCCGCGCGCUCUGGACACUUGGGUGCGUCGCCAAGGUGCUCACGAAACCGUCCAACAUGACGACGCACCUCUUUGCGCUCGCCGAUUUGCAGCCCAAGAGCCUGUCGCCGGCUGCGUAUCUGAGCGAGACCGCACCGCUGCAGCGUGUCGUGCUGUACGUUGGCACCAACACGAGGCAGCAGGUGGGGCUGUGGAGCCUCGUCGUGCUGACACCGUCGCUCGACAUCAAGACUGCGUCGCAUUGGAUGGUCGACCGGGGGCUCUCGGACGUCCCACUGCGGCAGAAGGACUGGCAGAGCCACUGGGCGGCGCUCGAAAUGACGUCGAACUUGCCGCCGAUGAAGGUGACGAUGGUGCAGUCGGUCGCCGAUGUCGUCACGGGUCUCAACGCGGCGCUCGCCAAGUGCCGCGACGUGCCCUCGAUCGUCAUGGCCCACGCGCCGCAGUGGCUCUCGACCAAGAAGCUCCGGCACCAGUUCCGGGGCCUCGACGCUUUCCCCAUGAUCGUGCUGGGGGACCACGAGCCGUUCCCGGCGCUGACGUGGCGCUCGGAGCUGCCGCAGCGCCUCUUGCAGCGCGUCGCGGCCGUCGACGCGCAGUGGGCCGAUGUGCUCGAUUGCGCGCGAUAUGCGCAACUGCCGCUUGGCAACAUGACGGGCGACCCCGCGGUCGUCAUGCUCGACGCGAUGUUUGCGCGAGUGCUCCACCGGCAGCAGCAUUUGCUCUGGGCGUCCUCGACCAACUCGCCAGAUCUGGGCGGGCGCGAAGCCCCUCUGGACGAUCUGCUGCAGGCAUCGACGUCCAGUCUGCCCGUGUGCGUCUCUGGCGCGUACGCCGAGUUCAGCGUCGAGCUCACCCUUGAUGGGCUUGCGAUCCAAGCGCUGCUAGUGGCGUCCGACUUGCACCACGACGGCGGCGCCGGUAUCGUGGAGGAGCUCGGGUCGUGCGCCGAGACGUUCCGCUUCCUGCGCACGCUGACGACCAACCUCUUCAAGGACUUUAUGGCGACGCGGUCCGAGAUGGCCGACCACCUCCUCCAGCACUUUUACCGCUGGGUCUCGUCGCCGUCGUCGCAAUUGUACGACCCGGCACUGCACAAGAAGGUCAAGGGCGUCAUGCACACGCUGCUGCUCAACUUGCUCGCCGAGUGCCGUCGCCUCGGCGCCGUCAUUGUGUACGCCGACACGUCCCGGAUUGUGCUCUCGACGGGCAAGGACAGCCUCGAAGGGGCCCACGCCUACGUGCGCUUCAUUUCACGCACGCUGAGCGCGCACCCGUGGUAUCAAGUGUUGAGCUUGACGCCCGUGCAGUACCUCUCGCACAUGUUGUUCUACGACAUUGAGAACUUUGGCGGCAUGGCCGUGGGAGUUGACGAGACGGACCCGACGCUGCUCUCGAAAUGGAACAUGGCGCGCUACCUGCCGCAGGGCGUCGACGAGUACUUUAUGAUUCUCGUGGGUCAGUUUAUCAAGCGCCGCUUUGAGUUUGCCACCAAGCACGCCACGGCCACCUCGGACGACGUGGCAGCGCAUGCGCAGAAGCUGGUCACGUCCUACUUUACGGAAAAGAUGCUGCGCUUGGUGCCCGAGAUCAUGGCGCACCCGUCGCUGUCGUUCCCGGUGCUCGCGGGGUCGCACUUGCCGUGGACGCACGCUGCGCUCGAGCUCGUCAAGUGCGUCUGCCACGUGUGGAGCCUCGACCCGAACGUCGCGUCGCAAGUGCACCAGCUCAAGCGCGCGCUGCUCAAGACCAUGGGCAUCAGCGAUUAUGCGGACGAAGCAGCGUUUGCCAACCCGAGUCAGUCGUUCGUGUUGCCCGACAUCAUUUGCAGUAACUGCAACGUCUGCCGCGACGUCGACCUCUGUCGCGAGCCCGGGCUCAUGGAGGCUACGCAAAGCGACGAGACCGACGACGCGUCUGGGGGCGCUCUCUGGCAAUGUCCUCGGUGCCACCAUUUGUACGACAUGGGCGACCUCGAGAUGCGGCUGGUGGAGCUGGUUCAGACCCACUUCUCUCUGCCGUACCAGCAGACCGACGUCGUGUGCCUCAAGUGCAAGCUGCCGACCGAAGGGCAUCUGCGCCAGCUCUGCGUGUGCUCAGGUACGCUCGGCAUCGCGCCGGACGUGCCGUCGCAGCUCCACAAGACGUUCAAGGUCGUUCGGCAGAUUGCUUUGCACCAGCAGUUUCCGUAUUUGAUCGAGAUCAUGGACCGCCUCAUGCACUAGAUACCUCUGUUACUAUAUACCACGUGCAUGUCCAUCGAGCUUUUGCUUUUUCAAACGACUCGACACUCGG